UGGGGCUGAGAGGCAUUCUGGGCCACCACUGUCGCUGGUAGUUCACCAGCUCCGCCAGCCAUUCAGCCGCUGCACUUCACCCGAGCCUCACCUUUGCCCUACUUCCAAGCCCAGUCCCUAACUUUCCGCCAUCCCCGUUGGUUGCGCGACUGCCCAAUGGGCAGACAGAAACCAUGAGCUCUCGCUCUUCCCUUGAGCCGUUUCCGCUCUCGUUAGCGCGUCUCGCGAGCGUUACAGUGACUCGCAGAGGCGGCGCUGCUCGGUUAGGCUACCGGAGGCCGUGAGACUGACGGUGCUUCUAGGCGGACGGGAAUAGAGACCAUGUUCCGAGCGGCGGCUCCAGGGCAGCUCCGGCGGGCGGCCUCUUUGUUACGAUUUCAGAGUACCCUGGUAAUAGCCGAGCAUGCAAAUGAUACUCUAGCACCCGUUACAUUAAAUACCAUCACUGCAGCCACACGUCUUGGAGGUGAAGUGUCUUGCUUAGUAGCUGGAACCAAAUGUGACAAGGUGGCACAGGAUCUCUGCAAAGUAGCAGGUGUAGCAAAAGUUCUGAUUGCUCAGCAUGAUGCAUACAAAGGCCUCCUUCCAGAGGAACUGACACCAUUAAUUUUGGCAACUCAGAAGCAGUUCAAUUACACACACAUCUGUGCUGGAGCAUCUGCCUUUGGAAAGAACCUUUUGCCCAGAAUAGCAGCCAAACUUGAUGUUGCUCCAAUUUCUGAUAUCAUUGCAAUCAAAUCACCUGACACAUUUGUGAGAACUAUUUAUGCAGGAAAUGCUUUAUGUACAGUGAAGUGUGAUGAAAAAGUGAAGGUGUUUUCUGUCCGAGGAACAUCUUUUGAAGCUGCAGCAACAAGUGGAGGUAGUGCCAGUUCAGAAAAGGCAUCAAGUACUUCCCCAGUAGGGAUAUCAGAAUGGCUUGACCAGAAAUUAACAAAAAGUGAUCGACCAGAGCUAACUGGGGCCAGAGUAGUGAUAUCUGGUGGCCGGGGUUUGAAGAAUGGAGAGAACUUUAAGUUGUUGUAUGAUUUGGCAGAUCAACUACAUGCUGCAGUUGGUGCUUCUCGUGCUGCUGUUGAUGCUGGCUUUGUUCCCAAUGAUAUGCAAGUUGGACAGACGGGAAAAAUAGUAGCACCACUCUGGAAAAGGAGACUGUUGGUAGAAAAGAAGUUUUAAACCUGAUUUUUAAAGAGAUGAAGCAAGGGUGCCUUUGUGGCUCAAUAGGUUGAGCGUCCGACUUUGGCUCCUGUCAUGAACUUGCAGUACGUGAGUUUGAGCCCCGUGUUGGUCUCUGUGCUGACAACUCAGAGCCUGGAGCCUGCUUUGGAUUCUGUGUCUCCCUCUCCCUCUGUUUCUCCCCCCUUGGCACACUGACUCUCUCAAAAAUAAAUAAAGAUUUUUUAAAAAUUAUUUUUAAUUUGCUUAAAAAAAAUAAAGAGAUGAAGCAAUGUUCGCUCAGCUUCUCUGCUCUGAAAGCUUCUAAUUAAACUAAUGUAUUCUUAUUUUGUAUAAACAAAAAAGUAAAUGUUUACACCUUUCCUUUCUACUUUUUUAAAGUAAAGCAGAUCUGAAGUUGCUAUAGGCAGAAUACUGCCCAAUUCCAGGAAAAAGUGAAUGUAUGAGUUUAUGUCAUAAAACUCAUGUAAUUUCAAUUUCAUAUAUAUAUGUUUUACAUAGCCAAUAUGGGUCUUGGUAUCGAAACUGGGGAAUGUAUCUCUCUAUAUUAAGAUUGUGUUCGAAUUUUGCAAAGAAAUUUACCCCAACUUUCUAAACCAGUCUAGGAAGUUGGGCGAAUUUCUAGCUUUACAGCUAGUGCUAAAUGCAAUAAAGAAACUAAUAGGUAUCAAUGAAAAGAAAUUUUUCCAAUACAUUAUCCCAGAAGAAUUGUAUCAAAUUAAUAACUUCCUUGAGAUGCUGGUAGUUGCCGCUUUAAAGUGGAAUUUAGGGGUGCCUGGGUGGCUGAGUCAAUUGACUCUUGAUUUUGACUCAGAGCAUGAUCCCAGUGUCAUGGUAUUGAGCCCUGCGUCAGGUUCCAUGCUGCUCAUGGAGCCUGCCUGAGACUCUCUCUCUCUCUCUCUCUCUCUCUCUCUCUGCCCCUCUCCGCCACUCUCUCUCUCUCAAAAUAAAAAAAAUAAUAAAAAGUAAAGUGGAAUUUAGAUAAUAGUUGGCUGUCCUUUGCCUUCUACUUUAGAGAUUUAGUGAUCAUUUAGUAAUAACAUUAAUAAUAACACCAAACAUAUUUUGAACACUAUGCAUGCACUGUGUUAUUUAAUAAUCACAACAGUUGUAUUAGCUGUAGUUAUUUAUCUCCAUUUUGCACAUGAGGGGAUUGAGAUUUUGAGAGGUUAAAUAAUUUGCCUGAAAACAGAUGGUAGGGAAGAGUUAAGAUCUGAACCCAUCUCUCCCUGAUCUUUCUUAUUUAGUUAUAUUAGUGAUUGAAUAAAUGUAGUGGUUUUGUGUUGUGUACUUACGCAUUUCAACUUUCUUGAGUUGAGAUCUUAGCUCGUUAAUUUUCUAUCAUCCUUGUUUCCUAAUAUAAAAAAUUUUUUAAGUUAUAAAUUGUUUUUUGUUUUUGUUUUUUUGUAUUAACUUUAGCUACAUCCUACAGGUGCUAAUAUACUUUGCCCUUUUUUGGUGUUUUGUUCCAAGUAUUGUGUGUGUGUGUGUGUGUGUGUGUGUGUGUGUGUUUAUUUGUUUUGAGAGGGAAAGAGAGUGGGGAAGGGAAAGAGAGAAUCCCAAGCAGUCUCCCUGCUGUCAGUGCAGAGGCUGAUACAGGGCUUGAACUCAUGAACCAUGAGAUCAUGACCUGAACUGAAAUGAAGAGUCAGGUGUGGGGCACCUGGGUGGCUCAGUCGGUUAAGCGUCCAACUUCAGCUCAGG